GGAAUAAAAUGAAAUAAAGCUGAGCUGCAAAAAAAUUCCAUUUAACUGAGCAGCGUUUAGGUAGUAAAAAACAUCUAAAUUAAUAGAUUAGUUAAAUAUUUGAUGACGGUGACAGUACGUUUAAUAUUAUUUUUAUAGACUGAUCUGUAAAGCAAGUUUUAUAUUAAUGUUUAUGCUGGACUGUGAGAAAUACAUUUCUGGUACAAUUGUUCUAGUGGUUCGUUGAACAAGGUAGGGAGGGUCUCUUCAGUUCACAUUGUAAUUUUAUGUAUUUCUUCAUAAUAAUAUUCUAGUCAUUGAUCCAUUCCUUCAAAAUCUGAUGUCACAAUGCAAUUGAUCUUGCCAAAAAAUAUAAUUCGCGUACAUCAGCUGUGAUACAUGCAAACUUGAUCCUACUAUUUUCGUGUUGAAAAUAUAAUCCAGGAUCGUUUCAUCGCAGAAAUUUGCGUCAAUUCUUAGGUAUUUGCUUGCAACAUCACAUGUACAAAGUGGUUGAAACGAAAGCAAGAGACAUUGAAAAUUAUUUGAUACUGCAAUUUAUUAACGAGCCUAACCUCGAACUCAGCUCCUUGAGACGAAAGGAUGUCAUUUUAAACAAUAUACGUCAGUUAUAUCACGGAGUCUUUGAAUUUUACUAAUCUUUUAUAUUACUUACACCUCAUUGCUGCGUGUUAAAGGAGGGAUGCCACGCAGCAAACGUAGAGCACCCUCUAGCACAAAUCAUCAUACAUCUAUUGAAAUGUCACCUAGUGCCCAUGAAGAGGGUAUAUCGAGGCAUCCAUCAAAAAGGCUUAGACAUACCUCUAGUGGAAGACGUUAUGGAAAAACAGAAGAUGUUUCAAGUGCUACAACGUUUUCCCAAAAGCGUUGUAUCACAUGGUUUAGGGAAUACACGACACCCGAUGAUUCAGACAACCUUGGCCCUGAGGGAAUGGAAAAAUUUUGUGAGGAUAUCGGUGUAGAACCUGAGAACGUGGUGAUGCUUGUUCUCGCGUAUAAAAUGAACGCGAGGCAAAUGGGUUUCUUCACGCUAAGCGAAUGGUUGAAAGGCCUUUCGGAAUUACAGUGUGACUCUAUUAGUAAAAUACAACAAAAACUUGAGUACCUAAGGAAUCAGUUAAAUGAUCCACAUACAUUUAAGGGAAUUUACAGAUAUGCUUAUGAUUUUGCUAGAGACAAAGAUCAAAGAAGUAUGGAUAUGGAAACAGCACGAGUUAUGUUACAAUUACUCUUGGGGAAACAUUGGCCACUGUUCACCCAAUUUGCUCAGUUCCUAGAUCAAUCGAAGUACAAAGUGAUUAAUAAAGAUCAGUGGUGCAACAUUUUAGAAUUUUCUCGUACAAUCAAUAACGAUUUAUCCAAUUAUGAUUUAGAUGGAGCAUGGCCAGUGAUGCUCGACGAAUUUGUGGAGUGGUUAAAAAUGCAAAGAGGUGAAGAGGCAUCAUCGACAGAAACUAGAGGCAGCUGAAACGUUGAACAACAAUAGUCUACUAAAAUAACUCAUUUCUCUUGUCAUAUUUUGUUAACGACGAAAUUUCCGUUUCUAUCGUAACCUCGCAGCAUUUCAGUUAUCAUCAUUCGUACUGUAUUUUUUAUUAAUCAGUUAUCAUGUAAGUAGCUUAUCUUCAUAUGAUUUCGCGUUGUGUUCUAAACAGAUUCUUGUGAUUAAACAUUUUUUAGAUCAUUCUCGAUCAUUUAUCACCAUACAUUGCUGAUCCAGGGUUUGUCGCAGAAACUCUUGUGAUUGAAAGAAAAUUAUUUUGAUAUAACAUUUACUUGCGCAAUUUGUAAAAUCAAGUUUAAUACGGUGAAAAGUGAAACAUAUAA